GCAUCAGUUGAACCGAAAGCAUCAAAGGCAAACAAACGAUAUUUAAUCCAAAAAAUACCCAAGGAGAAGAAACAAUAGCAAGAUGCGUCUAACACUUCUGGCGCUCAUUGGAGCUGUCUGCAUAGCCUUGAGCUUGGCCCAGCAAUUGGAUGACAAGAAGGAGGAGCACAUUGAUCUGUUGCAGGUUGCUGAUCAAGGAAACGCCCAUGCCAAUGAGGGCAAUCGAGAGGCGCGGCACUGGGGCGGCGGCGGCUGGGGCGGUGGCGGCUGGGGCGGACCCGGCGGCUGGGGAGGCGGCGGUUGGGGAGGCGGCGGCUGGGGUCAUGGCUGGGGCGGCGGCUGGAAUCGCGGCUGGGGUGGCGGCGGCUGGGGCUGGGGACGUUAA